CAUACACACAAAGCCUUUCAGUUCUACUGAUUUGCUUCUUCUGUCUGCCCUGCUGAUUCGUUGACCGUUUGUCCUGUCUCUUCCAUCCUUAUUGAAUAUUCAUCGGAAUCCCUUUCAAGGAUUCACGGACUGAAUACACAAACUCCCAAUUCCCCAGAAUCUUUCACAAAUCUCGAAGAUAUGCCCCAAUUCAAGACCAUCAAGAAGAAAAUGUGGAUGUUCUCUCAGUAAUCUCUCUCUUCUUCGUCCCCUGCUUGUCUUCUUUCGUUAUGGAAGGUAUGAACAAAACCAAAACAACCAUAGUCAGCACUACAACCACAAUCGUCUACAAAGCCGUCAAACAACAGAACUUCCCUCUCCAAAAGCUCUCUUUCUGGUUCGCCCCCACCACCCGCCCUCCCGGAAUCCUCUCCUCCGCUUCCGGCCCGUAAAUAUUCACUUGAUUAUCUCAAAUUUGCUUUUUUUUUUUACAUGGCUGCCUACUCACAAAACCCGAAUUCUAAUCAUGGGUCGGGCUAUCUUAAGACGUUAGAUCCGUUUUCUCGCGAUUUGGGGGGGUUUAACGGGGUUUUACCAGGUGGGUCGUUGAUGGGAUCUCAGUCGUUGGUGUUGGAUAACGAGAGAGGAGAGCUCGUGAAGGCCCCAUCCACAGGGGGGAAGAAGGGAAUGUCAGAAGCCAAGACUUUAGCGGCUUUGAAGAGUCAUAGCGAAGCAGAGAGGAGGAGGAGGGAGAGGAUCAAUGCGCAUCUCGCCACACUUCGUGGUCUUGUGCCGUGCAGCGAAAAGAUGGAUAAAGCCACUUUGCUUGCUGAAGUCAUUACCCAAGUGAAAGAACUGAAGAAGAAUGCGAUAGAUGCCACCAAAGGCCUUCUCAUUCCUAUGGAUGACGAUGAAGUGAAUGUUGAACCAUAUAAUGAUGUACCGGGGGAUGGAACCUCGUUUUUUAGGGCAUCUCUCUGCUGUGAUUAUCGACCUGACCUACUAUCUGAUCUAAGACAAGCCCUUGAUACCCUUCACCUGAAGAUGGUGAAGUCCGAAGUUUCUACCUUAGAAGGACGGUUGAAGAAUUCAUUCGUUUUCACAACUAGCACAGAAAAGAACGUCGAUGAUGCUGAGAUAAAACAAGUUGUGAGUUCGGUUCACCAAGCUUUGAAUUCUGUUCUAGAUAAAUGCUCGUCGUCCCCUGAAUACUCACCAAGAACAACUCUGCCAAACAAGAAGAGGAGGAUCUCUUUCUUUGAUUCCUCCAGCUCAUCCUCAUGAGAACUAAGUUACGUUACGAUUUCAAUGUCACGAUAAUGUGUUACAGUUUCAGUAUCCCAGAUCGCGACAUUAUUUCUUCGCAUGCAGACAUGUAUAUAUAUGGAUGAGUUGGACCACCUGUAACACUUUAGUAUUGGCGUACAGAACAGGGAAUGAGGUAUGCUACUGAAUUGGAGUCUGAAAGAAUAUGAGUGUAUACACAGAUGCAUGCACUGAUAUACAGAGUCAUCUAUGGUUUUUGUAGCUUUGUACAAGUAUUUGAUUUUGGUGAAAGUGUGUUGGUAUAACUCAGAAACUGAUGAGCAAUGAGCAAGUUGAUGUAUUGAGUUUUGUUGAUGCUAUAUAUUAUAAAUCAGGAUUUGUA